AUGUUCGGCGCAGAGGCGUCCCGUCCGCCAGCCAAGUCACCGCGCCCAGCUGGCGCUCCCACCUGCCACAAUCCAACUCGCAGCAACUCACGCCAACUACAUACUGAUGCCGUCCAAGUACAAGACGCCCGAUGCGAUCGAGCGCCGGCGGCAGCAGAGCCGCAACAACCAGCGCCGGUACCGCGAAGAGACGCGGUCGUACCUCCAGUCGCUCCAAACCGACGUCCAGUCGCUACUCCACAGCACGUUUCGGCUGGAAGGCCAAGUCGACAUGAUGCGGCAGAACGCGCAGCGGCACUUUGCAAAAGACCUUGCGCGCGUCGAGUUGUACUGGCGCCUCUUCAUGCACGGGUACGUCGCCGCGCCCGACCAAGACGCUGCACUGCGCGACCUCAUGGCCGACGACGUUGCGCUGCGUGAAGCGACUGGACUUGACGCCGUCCUCGACCAGUGGCGGCAGUAUGCUGCUGCGUUCGCCUUCUUCCGCAAGGAGCCCCUUCGCAUGGAGGCGGUUGCGCUUGACAGCGACGAGCACCUCGUUCAUGUCGUGGGGACGGUCUCGCUCGGCUUGAACGAGAAUGCGAUUACGACCUUGUGGCCGCACUUGGGGAACAACGGCGACGAGAACCAUAUUCGCCACCGCCUCGUGGGCCAGACGCUCACGUGUCCGUGCACGCAGCUCCUCUACAUGGGUAGUACGAGCAGUGACGCCGGCGCCAAAGUCCGGCGCAUCGAGUUUGAAUGGGACGUUGCCGCCGGGCUCAUGGCGCUGCUGAACGACCUCGACGAUGUCGCGAUGGUCGUACACGACCGCCACCAGUGCGGCCUUGCGAGCUCGUUGCCGCUAGCGACGACGAGGUGACUCUAAAUGUAAUACAGGCGUCGACACCACGGGGGCGAGGCCGUUCCGGCGUCGGGGCGAGGUAGGAGGGUAGGAGGGUCCGCUACUAGAGUGUACUAGUAUUUGCGGCGAGUAUCGAUGAAUAGACCAAAUUGUUGUUGCGUGU